AUGUUCGUUCCAACCCUUCAAGGAUCAAUUGGCUCGAACCAACAACCUGUAAAGAAACGUCAUGUAUUAAAGCAAAAGCCUCGGCAAGAUAUUUAUGCUUGUGGACAAGACUUCUUUAUUCCCAUGUUGUCGAAAGAACAAAAUCAAUCCAAAUUACAAGAAAAUCAAUUUCUUUGUGAAUUAACAAGAAUUGAUGGGAUGGACUAUGUUUUAGAUGACGCUGAAGAUGAAAUCAUUAAAUUUGAAACUAGGUAUGGCUCUUGGCAACUCGUGACUCGACUCGGAAAGGUAUACGGUCUCGGAAGAAACACAGCAUUUGUUUUGGGAUUGAGAGAUUGUAAUCCAAAGCCUAUUCCUGUAUUCAAUUCUGAUUUAUGGAAUGAGCAUGACAAGGUUACGGACUGUUCUCUUGGAUUUCAACAUUGUUUGUUUUUAACAGAGAGUGGAAAAGUCUUUGCAUGUGGAACGAGUGAAUAUGGUGAAAUACCGAUUCAUGAUACUAAUUUCCAAAAGAAUGAUUUUGAAAUUCAUUCAUCAAAGAAAAAACAGGCUCGUUCGACAGCCUCAACCGAAAUGACUCGCUCCUUUGAAUAUCCUCAAUUAAUUAAUCCAUCGUACUUUGAUUCUCCAAUUGUGAAAAUAUUUGCCUUUCCCUUUCAAUCAUAUUUUGUGUCAACAACAAGAAAAGUGUAUGCGUGUGGAAAUAUGAAUUCAAAUUCAAAUGGCUCCAUUCCACACUUAAUUCCAGAACAGAAAAUCAAAACUUUUCAAGAUCAUUUCAGUUGCAUUCAGCAGCUCAAAGUGAGUGAUCAUUCUUGGUUUGACAUUACCAACACGGGUCAGAUUAGUGCUGGAGGAGAUUUGUCUUAUUAUUUUAAUGACGGAUCUACCAUGAUGAUCACUCACUUGGAACAUCCUUACCAACCCAUCGAUCUGUAUUGUUCCAACACGCAUUACAUGAUCAAGACGAAUGAGAGAACCCUCCAAGCAGGAGGUCAAAAUACGUGUGGUGAGUUAGGAAUUGGCCAUUCUCAAUCGAUUCCGUAUGGUGUGAGAUUUUCAUCGGUGAAACUUCCUUUUGAAUGGAAGGAGCAAGAUGAAGUGAAAGUUUUUCUUGGACAUUCGUGCACGGUGGUCAUUCAUAUUCCAAAUUGUGAAGAAAACAAGGAGGAAUUUCCAUAUAUAGAAGAUUUAGUAGUUUCUAGAAUUUUAGGAAUGACCAAUGAGUGUGAACAAAGAAUAUUCGAACCUUUGCUUGAAAAAAUUUCUCCAAAUAUUCACACCUUUCUGAAACGAGAAGAAUUUAUGAAAUUACUGAACCCACAAGAAAUAGAAUGGACAUACACAUUUGUGAAAAUGUUCAUGGUAAAGGGCUACCAAGUAGUGUCUCGUUAUGAGGUCGUUGAUUUAUUUACGAAACAUUUCUGUCCAUAUCUUGGAAAUACUCAAUUUUAUAUCUUUCUCAUGUUUUUCCUUAAUGAUGUGUGUGAUAUUGGAGAAAUAUUUAAAAAGUAUUGCUUUGAAACACUCUCUGAAAUGAUUAAUACGUACAAUGUGUUGGAUAUUUUAAAGCAAAUAUCAGAUUAUUUAGCCACAAACAUCUUGACAAACUCCAAAAAGAGUAUUCUCAUGCUUACCGUAAAGAAAUGUUUAGCAUUUCUAAAGCUUCACUGGAACAACAUGAAACAACAACAAUUGCAAGACGAUCGUUUGAUCAAACUUGAAAAGAAAAUUCAAGCAUCUAACAAAGAGUUUGGUGCGAUUGGAAUGGAUUGGAGAGAGGAUUCGUUUAUGAAAGAAGAUGUCGAUACACCAGAAUUAAUAGCUUCUCUCUUUAAUGAUGCUACAACUAGCGAUCUUAAACUCUCGAUCAGCAAUGACUCACAUGAAAUUAUACAUGUUCACAAACAUGUCAUUUCUGCCUUGAGUCCAGUUUUGAAAGUUCUCUAUGAAAGUGAUCGAUUCUCGGACACUUCAUCCUCAAAUGAUGCUUCUUUUGAUAUUUAUGGAUUUGUAAAGGAUGAGAGUGACAGUGAAGAGCAACAAGAAUUGAAAAAAACAGCGCUAUUGAUGACAUUGAAGGCAUGUUAUUCAAAGUUUGAAGAUAUUUCAUCAUCUCCACAAAUCAGUGUAGAUUUGUUGUGUCAAACGAUCAUGACGUCUUUGCAAUUUCAAAUGGACUGGCUUACUCAGUUUUGCUGUCAAAUUUUGCUCAAACAUGUCACUCCCAACAAUUACAAAUCCCUACUAGUUUUUGCAUCACAAUUGGAUGACAUGGAAUCAUGUAAAUUGCUCAUUGAGCAUUUGAUAACGUAUGGGCUCAAGUAUGUCCCUUUUGAACUGACCUCUCUUUGCAAAGAUCUUCCUCCUCACUUGAGUUCUCGCCUUAUCACACUAUUUGAAAACCUGUUCAGGAAGGGAGUUGUAAAGAACGGUAAUUUAAGUGCGGUUCAAUUACCAGUGGAAGAGCAAGACCUCUAUCUUCGAGCGGUCAUGUUCCACAACUAA